AUGGCAAAAUCACUCCCGCAACACGCGGAUUUGAUUGAGUACAAGCACGGUGUGGCAGGCCAGUGAGUCGAUUGCGCGCAUCCAUUGGAACUUUCCUCCUCGCCCAAAAAUAUACUGACUUGCGAUUUAGCGACGGCACACUUUGUGACGUCGAUGGAGAACUCUUCAUCAAACCGUGCACCCCGCACGAAAUUGCCUUCUACGAGGAAUCAUUCGCCUCGCAUCCCCAAUUCGCCGAAUACAUGUCCACGUACAUGGGAACAUUGACACUGGACGAGGAACAAGGUGGUCAAACUAUUGAGGAAGCCGGCGCAGCAUUGAUCGCAAAACACACCAUUCCCGAGGUUGUAGUCUCCCCCAUCCCUAAAGACCCUAAGAAGGUCUCAAAGAAGAUACGGACGACCCAAGCAGUGGUAUUGGAGAAUGCAGCGCAUGGUUUCGUGAAGCCAAAUAUCUUGGAUAUCAAGCUAGGUGUACGAUUAUGGGCAGAUGACGCCGAUAUAGCCAAGAGAGAACGCUUCGACAAAGUUGCAAACGAUACCACACACAAGAAAUUUGGGUUCAGAAUAGCGGGAAUGCGUGUCUGGCAAGGACCCGACGCAAAAGGAGAGGGGGUCGACGCAGAUGGUUACAAGGUCUACGACAAAUUCUACGGCCGACAAACAAUCCAAGACCACAAUCUGCACGAGGCAUUUCAUAACUUUCUAUUCAUAAAAUCGGCUGGUGUCGACGAGGAACUGGGAAAGCUAGUCGCGCAAGCUUUCCUAGCUGAUGUUUCAAGGAUCCAAAAAAUUAUUGAAGAAGAGGAAAGUCGUAUGUUCUCAUCCAGUCUCCUGUUUGUAUACGAGGGAGAUGGAGUAGCUCUGAGAGCCGCCAUGGAAGAAGCCAGUCGUUCCCCGGCAACCCUAGUAAACGGCGACGAGAACGGUUCCGUGGACGACGAAGAGGACUUGGAGGAUGAAGAACGCAGUCCCAAAAUCUAUAGUGUAAAGGUGAUUGACUUUGCGCAUGCGCAAUGGACGCCAGGUUUAGGCCCCGACGAGAAUGCGUUGACGGGUAUCCGAAAUGUGGUUAAGUUCCUAGGCGAGAUAGGAGAAACCUCACGGUGA